CACAUUUCAUGGUAACCACGGUUAACCGAUCUAGCAAGAAAGCGAUGGACCCGGUGAGCUGAGUUUACGUCAAUCGUACUCAUCCACGCUCUUACGUAUCAGCACAUCACGUGACAACCGAUCUGCAGCUGCACGCGGGAGUUGUUGAACUCAAAGUAUACUGUUUUUAUAAGCAGUUUUUCGUCUUUUUUCUUUCGGCCACCGCUGAGAAAAAUUUCCUUUUUUUCAAAACGCUAGCACAGUUUUACUUAGCAGGCGAGAUGUUGAGCUCCAAGCUGCUGACCCUUGUGCUCGUUGUCCAGCCGGGCAGAGUGCUACUGGGUAUGAAGAAGAGGGGCUUUGGUGCUGGAAAGUGGAACGGGUUUGGGGGCAAAGUUCAGCCUGGAGAAACCAUUGAGGACGCUGCUAGGAGAGAGCUGGAAGAAGAAAGUGGUCUCACGGUGGAUGCACUCGACAAGAUCGGAAAUAUCAAAUUUGAAUUUGUGGGAGAAACGCAGCUACUUGAUGUCCAUGUUUUCAGAGCCGACACAUAUAAUGGAGAACCGACAGAAUCCGAUGAAAUGAGGCCCCAGUGGUUCGAACGUGACAAAAUUCCUUUCAGUCAGAUGUGGGCCGAUGAUAUACUGUGGUUCCCUCUGAUGCUGCAGAAGAAGAAAUUUGUUGGAUACUUCAAGUUUCAGGGUCACGAUGUGAUUCUCAGCCACACGCUGGAAGAAGUGGAGGAGCUCUGAAGGGAAAUAAUCGAGCUGUUACUGGUGGCAUUUACAUCAGGGACCAAUAUAAAACCUGUGAGAAAUACCAGGAAUAAUCCAA